GCCGACAGGAUCUCGCGGACCAUCUUGAGCCACACAAUCAUCAUGCCGCUGCUGCACGUGCAGGAGGAGAGACAGCACGACGAGCCAGACGCCCCCGACGAUGGCCAUGAAGACGCGGAGCAGCAGCUGACGUCAGAGGGCGAAACAAACCCUGGCUUCCCGCGGGAGGAGGCGGAAUUGGUAGAGGGUCGCCUCACGGCUGGAGCGCCACCCCUUGCGGGUCAGCUGCUGACGUGGGACACCGUGCGGUGGCCCGACGACCCGAUCAACACCGUCGGCGCCUUCGACGUCGACGCGAUGGACGACAAGGGGCUGCGCUACAUCGACUGCAUCGCCACAUUGUUGGACCUGGGCAGUCGGCGCAGCUGGCGAGCGGCACAGCGCGCUUCGGCAGAGAGCUGGCGGCAGUGGGUGCGCACCAAGGGGCAAAACAGUGCGGGCGCCCUUCACCGCUGGACGACGCCGCCAGUGCAGUGGCAGCCGCAAGCCACGGCGGCCGACCCCGUCGCGCGCCCCAGCGCGGGGGGCCGACCAAGCGUCUCAAAUAUACCGAAUUCGGCCCAAAUCGGUGCACUUCAGACGGGCGUUCACGGCAAAGCCCAGGUGCCCCUGGCGGGGGCCGCCGGGAACGGGUCGUCAGCCGCCGCAGAGCUGUCGGCCGCCCUGGACGACCACGAGCUGGCUAUCUGGGGCGACGAGCUGGACGAGCAGGCGCCCUGGAUGCAGACCCCCUCGGACCUCGAGCUCGAGGAGUACCGCCCGACGCCCGUCACCCCGCAGCAGGUGCUCGAGAGCGGGGGGCGCUUCCGCCCCAAGACGGGCCUCGGGGAGUCGGACUGGCACCCGCGGCUCUGGCAGCGCGGCGGACAUCCAGGAGCAGCGCGAGUGGCAAGCGUGCUCAACGCGGCAGCGGGAGCAGGCGCAGCGCGGCGAGCCUAUGACUGGACCGCCAAGGGUCGCUCGAGCGAGAGGGCCGCGUCGGUGCAGGCGCUGUUCUGCGAGGCCGCCGUGGCUCAGGACCUCGAGUACGCGGUCACAUACUUCUACCUGGUGAAGUGCUUCGAGUACGUGACGCAGGGCUCCACUGAGGCUUCUACCGCGCGCUGGGGCAGCGGCAUAGUCGCGGGCAGCCGCUUCGCACACUUCUGCCUCAAGAUGGUCAUGCUCAUGGAACUUAACGGGGUGGUGACAGCCUUCCCGUGGGCCGACACAUGCCUCUUCUUCGACGACCUGGCGGUGGCGACGAAGGGGCUCAAGGAGUUCGCGCAGUACUGGCACCCGCUCCUCCUCCAAGCGCUGAUCGACAUGUUCGAGGCGACCUUGGACAUGGUGGUCUCCCAGGGCGAGCAGGGAAAGACGGUCGCGAUGGCCUCGACCACCCCGCUGCAUGACGAAUUCACCAGGCGCAUCCGCGCUUUGGGGGCGCGCAUGGCCAAAGAGAAAAAGCACCUGGGCGCCACCGGGCAGCGGGGCGACGUCGCCGGGCGCGCAGGCGGGCCAGCCGCUAAGAUCGUGCGCCAGGCCAAGGUCCCUUCGCUCCACUGCGGCGUGCAGGUUAUGGGCGUGGCAGAUACCAAACUCGGCGAGCUGCGGCAGUCGGUCGCGACCUCGCUCCAGGGCAACACCAAAGGCAGAUCUACGUUCCUCGCCCUGCUGGCGGACGACGUGGACCCAGGCGCGCUUGCCAACUCGGCGCCGAUUCUGGCCUGGGCGCAGGCGUGGCGGGAGACUGACAGCCAGCCAGAGCUCACCCCCGAGCUGCAGGCGGCAUGGAAGAGGUGCGUGCUGCGAGUGGGGCGCGUCAAGUCCCCCUGGCAGCUGGUACGAGGGCCCGCCGGGGCUUUCGUGGCGACCGUGCGCAGGCUGGGCUGGAUGACGCAGGCGGCGCACUCCAUCACCAUCGGGGCGGAGGUGCUGGACUCGCGGGUCGCGCCGCUCCGCGCUUCGCAACACUACGUCAAGGGGGCCAACGAGCAGGGCCUCAAGGACGCCUGGCUGGUGAAGUGGGGCGACAAGCUGGGCCUGCAGUCCGUGUUCGUGGAGCCCGCGCGGGCGCUCCUCAGGCGCCCCCUGCGCGGACGCUUGACGCAGGCGCACCAGACGCGCGUUUGCACCCUCCGGCGCGGCGGCACGUGGCCGCAGCUGCACCUUUUCCAGAAGGGCGCGGCGGAGAACGACACCUGCCAGGCCUGCCGGGGCGCGCGAGGGACCGACCGGCAUCGGACCUUCGAGCGCCCCGCGCGCGAGGGCCACCGCCGCGAGGUGCAGGGGCACCACAUCAUGCAGCGGGGCGCCAACCCCCGGACAGGCACGGAGCAGCUCUGGGGCCGUGGGUCGGCCAACGACCCCGCGGUGGAGUUCGGGCUGUGGGGCUUGCCAUCGAUGGACGCCUUCCUGGUCCACGGCGAGUCCGACGGCUGCGUCACGGGCGAUGUUUACACCGACGGCAGCCUGCUGUACGGCAGCUCCGCGGCUCUGCGGCGAGGAGGCUGGUCGUUCGUGCAGUUGGCGCCCGACAUGAAACUGCGUUUCGCCUGCUACGGGCCCCAGCCUGGGGCGCACCCAGCCUGGGGCGCAAUGGCAGCAGGCGAUUUCCCGAAGUGA